CUCCCAUUUCUCUUCAAACCGUCUCUCUCUCUCUCUCUCUCGAUCUUUCUUGAUCUUGAUCUUGAUCAAUCGCUGGGCUUCGCCGGACGCGAAUUUGAUCGGAGUUUCGGAUUCUGCCUGCCGCCCUAAAUGCCGUCACGGUUCAUUUGCCGGAUCUCGAUGAUCCUCGAUUUGUUAAACCAGAAGUGAAGGAAGGUUUCCCAUUCGUUUCGGGCUAAUUUCUCUUCUUCUUCGCAACCAUGUUCGAAGCUCAUGUGCUGCAUCUGCUCCGGAGGUAUUUGGGUGAAUAUGUCCAUGGGCUCUCGACAGAGGCUCUGCGGAUCAGUGUUUGGAAAGGGGAUGUUGUUCUUAAAGAUCUUAAGUUGAAGGCAGAGGCCCUGAAUUCGCUCAAACUUCCGGUCACUGUCAAAGGUGGUUUUGUAGGAACCAUAACUUUGAAGGUUCCUUGGAAAAGUUUAGGAAAAGAGCCAGUCAUUGUUUUGAUUGACCGUGUCUUCGUUCUUGCUAAUCCGGCUCCGGACAGCAGAACACUUAAGGAGGAAGACAGGGAGAAGCUUUUGGAAACCAAGCUUCAACAGAUUGAGGAAGCAGAAUCUGCUACUCUUGAAGCAAUAGCAAAAUCAAAGCUGGGAAGUCCUCCUUCAGGAAAUUCAUGGCUUGGUUCGCUAAUAGCUACAAUUAUUGGAAACCUGAAAAUAUCUAUUAGCAAUGUACACGUCAGAUAUGAAGAUUCAACGAGUAACCCAGGGCACCCUUUUGCUGCUGGAAUCACCUUGGCCAAGCUGGCUGCUGUUACAAUGGAUGAAGAGGGGAAUGAAACUUUUGACACAAGUGGCGCUUUGGAUAAGCUGCGCAAGUCAUUGCAGCUCGAGAGACUAGCUCUAUAUCAUGAUUCUAAUAGCUUUCCAUGGGAGAUAGAGAAGAAAUGGGAAGAUCUUAGUCCUGAGGAUUGGGUUGAGAUAUUUGAAGAUGGCAUAAAGGAGCAGAGAUGUGACAGUGAAAUAAAGUCGAAAUGGGCCUUGAGUCGUCAAUACCUAUUGUCACCAAUCAAUGGAGUUCUUAAAUAUCACCGGUUAGGAAAUCAAGAAAGAAAUAAUCCAGAGAUUCCAUUUGAGAGGGCUUCACUCGUCCUAACCGAUGUUAACAUGAUGAUCACUGAGGAACAAUACCAUGAUUGGAUAAAGCUAGUUGAAGUUGUUUCCAGAUACAAAACAUAUAUAGAGAUUUCUCAUUUGAGGCCCAUGAUCCCCGUAUUGGAGGCUCCAUAUUUGUGGUGGCGCUAUGCUACUCAAGCUAGUUUGCAGCAAAAGAAAUUGUGCUAUCGGUUUUCGUGGGAUCGCAUUCAUCAUCUUUGCCAACUACGUCGACGUUAUGUUCAGUUGUAUGCCAAUUUGCUGCAGCAUUUAUCAAAUGAUAAUUACCCAGAGAUGAGAGAAAUUGAAAAAGAUCUUGAUUCCAAAGUGAUUCUUUUGUGGAGGUUGCUUGCACAUGCGAAGUUGGAAUCUGUUAAAUCGAAGGAGGCAGCUGAGCAGAGAAGGCUGAAAAAGGCUAGCUGGUUUUCUUUUAGAUGGCGGACAGAAGCUGAAGAUGACACUGUUGUGGAUAGUGCAGCUGAGGGAUCAAAAUCGAUGGAGGAAAGUUUGACAAAAGAAGAAUGGCAGGCAAUUAAUAAAUUACUGAGUCACCAGCCAGAUGAAGAGAUGGUUUUAUAUUCAGGAAAAGACAUGCAGAAUAUGACUCACUUUCUUGUGACCGUAUCAAUUGGCCGAGGUGCAGCUAGUAUUAUUGAUAUAAAUCAGACAGAGAUGCUCUGUGGUAAGUUUGAGCAGCUAGAUGUAACAACCAAGUUCAAACACCGGAGUACACAGUGUGAUGUAUCGCUGAGAUUCUAUGGCUUAUCUGCACCAGAAGGUUCACUUGCCCAGAGUGUGUCUAGUCAGAAAAAGACAAAUGCUUUGGUGGCUAACUUUGUCAACUCACCAAUCGGAGAGAACAUUGAUUGGAGGCUAUCGGCCACAAUAUCUCCCUGUCAUGCUACGAUCUUGACUGACAGUUUUGAUCGUGUGCUGGAGUUUGUGAAGCGAAGUAAUGCAGUUAGCCCAACUGUUGCUCAAGAAACUGCCACUGUGCUUCAGAUGAAACUAGAGGAAGUAACUCGGCGGGCCCAAGAACAACUUCAGACGGUGUUGGAGGAGCAGAGCAGGUUUGCUCUUGAUAUUGAUCUUGAUGCUCCAAAAGUAAGAAUUCCUUUGAGGGCGGCAGGCUCUUCCAAGUGUGAUAGCCAUUUUCUUCUGGAUUUUGGCAAUUUUACACUAACCACUAUGGAUAGUCGGUCUGAGGAGCAUAGGCAAAACUUAUAUUCCCGUUUCUACAUUUCCGGAAGAGAUAUUGCUGCUUUCUUUACGGACUGUGGAUCUGACAAUCGUGGUUGCAGUUUCCUCAUGGAAGAUUUCAACAAUCAGCCAAUUAUGUCUCCUAUUCUGGAGAAAGCUGACAAUGUUUACUCAUUAAUUGAUAGGUGUGGAAUGGCAGUAAUUGUUGAUCAGAUCAAAGUACCUCACCCAAGUUACCCGUCCACCCGAAUUUCCAUUCAAGUGCCAAAUCUAGGUGUUCAUCUCUCACCAACAAGAUACCUCAGGAUCAUGCAAUUAUCAAACAUCUUGUGGGAUGCCAUGAAAAUUUGUGGUCAACCGCCUGUUGAUAACCUCCAGGAUGGAAUGCUACCUUGGGGUCCUACAGAUCUUGCUAGUAGUAGCAGGGUUUUAGUUUGGAAGGGAAUUGGUAACUCAGUUGCUACUUGGCAACCUUGUUACUUUGCUUUAUCUGGGUCAUAUUUGUAUGCAUUUGAAUCACAAAGGUCACUGGAUUAUCAACGAUAUUUAAGCAUGGCCGGAAGGCAAGUAUUUGAAGUUCCACCGGCAAAUGUGGGUGGCUCGCCCUACUGCCUCGCUGUUGGUCUAAGAGGAAUGGACCUUAAGAAGGCUCUAGAAUCAUCUAGCACCUGGAUCAUAGAGUUUCAGGGAGAGGAGGAGAAGACAGCUUGGCUAAGGGGACUAAUUCAAGCUACCUAUCAAGCUUCUGCUCCUUUAACGGUGGAUGUUCUUGGACAAACAAGUGACGAUACUGCAGACCUCCCCGAACCUCAGACUCGGAUUUUAAAAGCUGCUGAUCUUGUUAUUAAUGGUGCUUUAGUUGAGACAAAGUUGUUCAUAUAUGGAAAGAUCAGAGAUGAAGCUGACGAGAAGGUUGAAGAAGUUCUGCUUCUUGAAGUUCUUGCUGCUGGAGGAAAGGUGCACAUGAUUAGUUCAGAAAGUGGCUUAACAGUCAGGACAAAGCUACAUUCUCUUAAGGUUAAAGAUGAACUUCAGCAUCAGCUUUCCGGAAUUCCUCAGUAUUUGGCAUACUCUGUUUUGAAGAAUGGCGACAUACAAGACUUGCAUGGAGUAUGUGAUUUUAAUGAUAAGGAGAUGCCUGUAGGACAUGUGGAUGAUGAGGAUGCCUUCACAGAUGCUUUGCCAGAGUUUCUGUCUCCAACAGAUCCAAGUACUCCAGAUAUGGAUAUGAUCCAAUGUAGCAUGAUGAUGGACUCUGAUGAAUGCGUCGGGUUCAAGUCUGCUGAAGGUUUGGUUCAUGAAAAAGAUGGAUCUCAGGGUAAGGGCCUCUAUGAUGAGGUAUUUUAUGAAGCACAGGGUGGUGAAUUUUCUGACUUCGUGUCAGUUGUCUUCUUGACAAGGAGUUCAAGUUCUCAUGACUAUAAUGGAAUAGAUACACAGAUGAGUGUCCGCAUGUCGAAACUGGAGUUCUUUUGCAACAGGCCUACUGUUGUUGCUUUGAUUGGUUUUGGCUUUGAUAUGAGCACCGCGGCUUACAUGGAAAGUGAUAAAGAUGCUAACAUCACAACACAUCAAAAAUUGGAUAGUGAGAAAGAAAAAAAUGAUGAGAGUGGACGUGUUGAAGGCUUACUUGGAUAUGGCAAGGACCGUGUUGUCUUCUACCUGAACAUGAAUGUUGACAGUGUUACUGUAUUUCUGAACAAGGAGGACGGUUCUCAGCUUGCCAUGUUUGUGCAAGAAAGAUUUGUAUUGGACAUUAAGGUUCACCCAAGUUCUCUCUCUAUAGAAGGAACUCUAGGAAAUUUCAAACUAUGUGAUAAGUCAUUAGACUCUGGAAACUGCUGGGGUUGGCUUUGUGACAUACGUGAUCCUGGUGUCGAGUCUCUUAUCAAGUUCAAAUUUGAUUCAUACAGUGCUGGCGAUGAUGAUUAUGAAGGAUAUGAUUAUAGCUUAUCUGGUAGACUUUCAGCUGUUCGCAUUGUGUUCCUAUAUAGAUUUGUUCAAGAGAUAACAGCUUACUUCAUGGGACUUGCCACUCCUCACACAGAAGAAGUCAUAAAGCUUGUCGAUAAAGUUGGAGGCUUUGAGUGGCUAAUCCAGAAAUACGAGAUAGAUGGUGCUACUGCGUUGAAGCUGGACCUUUCCUUAGACACUCCAGUAAUUGUUGUUCCUAGAGACUCAAUGAGCAAAGAUUACAUUCAACUUGAUCUUGGCCAGCUGGAGGUAUCAAAUGAAAUAAGUUGGCAUGGGUGUCCAGAGAAAGACCCUAGUGCUGUCCGUGUUGAUGUUCUUCAUGCAAAGGUUCUGGGGCUUAAUAUGUCAGUGGGCAUCAAUGGUUGUAUUGGUAAACCUAUGAUACGUGAAGGGCAAGGAUUGGACAUCUUUGUUCGGCGCAGCUUGAGAGAUGUUUUCAAGAAAAUUCCAACGUUUUCUCUAGAGGUUAAGAUUGAUUUCUUGCAUGGUGUAAUGUCUGACAAAGAAUAUGAUAUUAUCGUCAACUGUUCAUAUUUGAAUUUGUGUGAGGAGCCAAAGCUACCCCCAGACUUCCGUGGUGGCAAUUCUGGUCCUAACGAUAAAAUGCGCCUGCUGGUUGAUAAAGUUAACUUGAAUGGUCAGAUGAUUAUGUCACAGACAGUUACUAUACUGGCAGUCGAUAUCAAUUAUGCUCUUCUUGAGUUACACAAUAGCGCCAAUGAGGAGUCACCACUAGCUCAUGUUGCUCUUGAAGGAUUAUGGGUAUCUUACAGGAUGACAUCACUUUCUGAGACGGAUUUGUAUGUGUCUGUUCCUAAAUUUUCUGUUCUUGAUAUCCGUCCCGACACAAAGCCUGAAAUGCGACUUAUGCUCGGGUCAUCUGUUGAUGCUUCCAAGCAAGCUUCUUCAGGAUCUUUCCCCUUUUCCCUAAAUAAGGGAAGCUUUAAGCGAGUCAACUCUAGGGCCAGUCUUGAUGUUGAUGCACUGUGUUCAACAAUGCUGUUGUUGGAUUACAGAUGGCGAGCUUCUUCUCAGUCUUGUGUUUUGCGGGUUCAGCAACCUCGUAUCCUUGCUGUACCCGAUUUCCUACUUGCAGUUGGUGAAUUUUUCGUCCCAGCUUUGCGUGCAAUGACUGGCAGAGACGAGACAAUGGAUCCACAAAAUGAUCCUAUCACAAAAAACAAUAGCAUAGUUCUCUCUCAACCUCUCUAUAAACAAACUGAUGAUGUUGUGUACUUGUCCCCUAGUAGACAAUUAGUAGCUGAUUCUUUAGGGGUUGAUGAAUAUACUUAUGAUGGUUGUGGGAAGUGUAUCUCUUUGAGUGAACAAGGUGACAAAGAUUUCAGUGCAGACAGAAUACAGCCGAUCAUAAUUGUUGGACAUGGAAAGAAGUUGCGGUUUGUGAACGUGAAAAUUAAGAAUGGAUCCCUUUUGAGCAAGUCCAUUUACUUGAGCAAUGAUAGCAGCUGCUUACUUUCUCCGGAAGAUGGUGUUGAUAUUUCGGUUGUAGAAAAAUCCUCAUCUAAUCCUGAUAAUGUGCUUAAUGACGCCUAUGCAUCAUCAGAUGCCCUGGACACUUGUCAGGAUGAUUCCAACUCUGGCCAGAGUUUUACAUUUGAAGCUCAGGUAGUUUCUCCCGAGUUCACAUUCUUUGAUGGCACAAAAUCCUCUCUGGAUGACUCUUCUUCUGUUGAAAAGCUUUUGCGGGUGAAAAUGGAUUUUAGUUUUAUGUAUGCGUCAAAAGAAAAUGAUGUCUGGGUUCGGGCUUUGCUAAAGGACCUGAUGGUUGAAACUGGUUCUGGUCUUAUCAUUCUUGAUCCAGUCGAUAUUUCAGGGGGGUAUACCUCUGUUAAAGAGAAAACAAAUAUGUCAUUGAUGUCAACUGACAUAUACAUCCACCUUUCUUUGAGUGCUCUUUCUCUACUACUGAAUCUGCAGAGCCAAGUAUCAGGAGCUUUACAAUCUGGCAAUGCAGUUCCUUUAGCUCCAUGCACCAACUUUGAUAGGAUAUGGGUUUCGCCCAAAGAAAAUGGACCCAGGAACAAUCUCACGAUUUGGAGGCCGCGCGCUCCUCCAAAUUAUGUCAUAUUGGGAGAUUGUGUGACAUCAAGGGCAAUACCCCCUACACAAGCAGUAAUGGCGGUGAAUAAUGCGUAUGGGCGUGUGAAGAAGCCAACUGGGUUUAAUCAUAUUGGUCUGUUCUCUGUUAUUCAUGGUUCGGGAGGGGCUAGUGGUCAUUCCAACAAUGACAACGAGUGCUCUCUCUGGAUGCCUAUAGCACCUCCAGGAUACAUUGCUAUGGGUUGUGUUGCAAAUCUGGGAAUUGAACCACCAGCCGAUCACGUCGUUUAUUGUUUACGUUCUGACCUUGUAUCUUCGAGCAGCUUCUCAGAGUGCAUAUACUUUGUGCCCUCUAGUUCAUCGAUCAAUUCUGGAUUCAGCAUAUGGCGCAUAGAUAAUGUCCUUGGAUCAUGCUAUGUGCAUUCUUCAACUGACACUCCUUCCAAAGAAUAUAGUUGUGGCCUCAGCCAUUGUCUUUCUUGGAGUCUUCUUCCAGCGAAGUCAUCUACAUAUGUCUCUGAUCCAUCAUCUGUUAAUGAGUUUAAGAGCCAGCAAACAAGUGACUGGAGUGGAAGUUCAUCAGGAUGGGAUAUUCUUAGAACAAUCUCUAAAGCAACUAAUUAUUAUGUUUCAACUCCUAACUUUGAGAGAAUCUGGUGGGACAAGGGUGGUGAUCUUCGUCGACCAGUCUCAGUUUGGCGGCCUAUAUCACGUCCUGGUUUUGCCAUACUGGGUGAUUGCAUUACUGAAGGCUUGGAACCUCCGGCCCUGGGAAUACUUUUCAAAGCAGAUGACACUCAGAUUGCUGCAAAACCUGUGCAGUUCUCUAAAGUUGCACACAUUGUUGGGAAAGGUUUGGAUGAGGUUUUCUGCUGGUAUCCAGUUGCACCUCCUGGUUAUGUUUCUCUAGGAUGCGUUCUCUCUAAAUUUGACGAGGCACCACCUCUGGAUUUAUUCUGUUGUCCAAGGAUUGAUCUUGUAAAGCAUACAAAUGUUUACGAAGCUUUUGUCUCAAGGUCUUCAAGUUCUAAAUCGUCUCAAUGCUGGAGCGUUUGGAGGGUUGAGAAUCAGGCUUGCACUUUUCUUGCUCGUUCUGAUCUUAAAAAGCCAUCCAGUCGGCUAGCUUUUGCAAUUGGAGAAUCCAUAAAGCCAAAGACACGGGAAAACGUGAAUGCAGAAAUGAAGUUGCGAUGCUUUUCUCUGACCUUUCUAGAUGGCUUACAAGGAAUGAUGACUCCUCUGUUUGACACAACUGUCACCAAUAUCAAGCUAGCAACUCAUGGUCGUCCUGAGGCCAUGAAUGCAGUGCUGAUCUCCUCAAUUGCUGCUUCAACAUUUAACCCACAGUUGGAAACUUGGGAACCUUUGCUGGAGCCAUUUGAUGGAAUAUUUAAGUUGGAAACGUAUGAUACAGGUCUGAAUCAAACGUCAAAGCCAGGAAAGCGCGUGCGAAUCGCUGCUACUAACAUCUUAAACAUAAAUGUUAGUGCUGCAAAUCUUGAAACUCUUGGUGAUGUUCUUGUCUCUUGGAGAAGGCAGUUGGAACUUGAAGAAAAAGCAGCUAAAAAGAAGCAGGAAGCAGGUCUUUCUGAUGGAAAUGGGGAUUUUUCAGCCUUUUCAGCUCUUGAUGAAGACGAUUUUCAGACCAUUAUUGUAGAGAAUAAACUUGGGCGUGAAAUAUAUCUGAAAAAGCUUGAGGAGAACUCAGAUGUGCUCGUACAGUUGUGUCAUGGUGAAAACUCUUCUGUCUGGGUUCCACCUCCAAGUUUCUCCAAUAGGUUAAAUGUUGCAGACAGUUACAGAGAAGCACGUCAUUAUAUGACCAUACAAAUUCUUGAGGCUAAGGGUUUGCAUAUAGUCGAUGAUGGUAAUAGCCACAACUUAUUUUGUGCUCUGCGCCUCGUGGUUGAUAGCCAGGGUGCAGAUUCACAAAGACUUUUUCCUCAAAGUGCUAGGACAAAGUGUGUUAAACCUUUGACUUCAGCUAUCAACAAUUUCAUGGAGUGCACGGCUAAGUGGAAUGAAUUUUUCAUUUUUGAAAUUCCAAGAAAGGGAUCAGCCAGAUUGGAGGUUGAGGUAACAAACCUUGCUGCUAAAGCUGGAAAAGGUGAGGUUGUGGGGUCGUUUUCAUUUCCUGUUGGAUACGGUGCUAACACGCUGAGAAAGGUAGCUUCAGUUAGAGUACUAAAUCAGUCAAACGAAGCUCAGAAUACAAUUUCAUAUCCACUUCGCAGAAAGAAUGCCGAAGAUACCUGUGACAACGGAUACUUGUUCGUCUCGACUUCUUAUUUCGAGAAGAGUAUGAUUGCCAACACCCAGAGAAAUAUGAAAGAUAAGGAAUUUGUUGAUGGAGACACUGGUUUCUGGAUUGGAGUUCGCCCUGAUGAUUCAUGGCAUAGCAUUCGUUCAUUGCUUCCCCUCUCUGUUACUCCCAAAUCAUUGGAAAAUGAUUUCAUUGCAAUUGAGGUUUCCAUUAGAAAUGGAAGAAAGCAUGCAAUAUUCAGAGGUUUAGCUACAGUUGUCAAUGAUUCAGAUAUCAGUUUAGAGAUAUCUUUAUCUUCUGAUCAGACUAUAUCUUCAGGAGCAAGCAACCAUAAAGCUUUUAUUGCCCCUACAUCUUCGUAUGUUCUACCGUGGGGAUGUUUAUCCAAGGAUAAUGAGCAAUGCUUACAUGUUCGGCCAGGGGUGGAGCACCCUCAUUCUCCUUAUGCAUGGGGUUGUUGUGUUGCUCUGAGUUCUGGUUGCGGAAAAGACCAGCCAUUUGUAGACCAAGGUUUGCUUACUCGACAAAGUACUUUGAAGCAGAGUAGUAAGGCAUCUACUUUUGCCUUGAAAUUGAACCAGCUUGAGAAGAAGGAUAUGUUAUUCUGUUGCCAGCCAAGUACUGGGAGUAAGCCUCUUUGGCUUAGCAUAGGAACAGAUGCUUCCGUUCUUCAUACAGAUCUUAAUGCACCUGUUUAUGAUUGGAAAAUUGCUAUAAAUUCCCCGCUGAAGCUAGAAAAUCGACUUCCCUGUCCAGCCAAAUUCACAGUGUGGGAAAAGACAAGAGAAGGUACAUAUCUUGAGCGACAGCAUGGUACAGUAUACUCAAGAAAGAAUGCCCAUAUAUAUUCAGCAGAUGUUCAGAGACCUGUAUACCUCACGCUCCUAGUCCAAGGUGGUUGGGUUCUAGAAAAGGAUCCCAUUCCUGUUUUAGAUUUAUCUUCGAGUGACAGUGUAUCAUCCUUUUGGUUGAUCCAUCAACAGAGCAAAAGGAGAUUGCGUGUGAGUAUUGAGCGUGAUAUGGGAGAGACUGGUGCGGCACCGAAGACUGUAAGGUUCUUUGUUCCAUAUUGGAUUACAAAUGAUUCGUAUCUCCGUCUGGCAUACAGAGUGGUGGAGAUUGAACCUUCAGAAAAUAUGGAGGCAGACUCCUCCAGUCUGUCUAGAGCUUCCAAAUCUUUCAAGAAAAAUCCGACAUUUUCCUUGGAUAGGAGACUACAAAGAAAAAACCUCCGAGUGCUUGAGGUUAUAGAGGACACUAGUCCUAUACCUAGCAUGCUUUCUCCACAAGAAUCAGCUGGACGGAGUGGGGUUUUAUUGUUUCCUUCACAAAAGGAUUCUUAUCUCUCUCCACGAGUUGGUAUUGCUGUUGCAGUUCGUGAUUCCGAGAUAUACAGUCCGGGAAUUUCUCUUCUUGAUCUUGAAAAGAAGGAACGCAUAGAUGUCAAGGCAUUUUGCUCAGACGCGUCAUACUACAAGCUCUCUGCAGUAUUGAAUAUGACAUCUGACAGAACAAAGGUUAUUCAUCUCCAGCCACACACCUUAUUCAUUAACAGGGUGGGUUUGAGCAUCUGUCUUCAACAGUGUGAGUCUCAGACAGAAGAAUGCAUUCAUCCUUCAGAUCCUCCAAAGCUCUUUGGUUGGCAGUCUUCCACUAGAACUGAGUUGCUGAAGUUACGAGUUAGUGGAUAUGGAUGGAGCACACCAUUCAGUGUCUCUAAUGAAGGUGUAAUGCGUGUUCUUGUUGGGAAAGAAGAUGGAACCGAUCAAUUACCACUGAGGAUACAAGUCAGAAGUGGAACUAAGAACUCGCGAUAUGAAGUUAUUUUCAGGCCAAACACCAUCUCAGGCCCGUACAGGAUUGAGAACCAUUCCAUGUUUCUACCUAUUCGUUAUCGACAAGUGGAUGGUAACAGCGAUUCGUGGCAGUUUCUUCUUCCUAAUGCUGCUGCUUCAUUUUACUGGGAAGAUCUUGGUAGACGGCAUCUCUUGGAACUCCUUUCUGACAGAACCGACCCAUCAAAAUCUGAAAAGUAUGAUAUUGAUGAGAUAGGUGAUCAUUUACCUAGAAGUACCGAACAUGGACCAACAAGAGCCAUAAGAGUUACUAUUUUAAAGGAAGACAAAAGGAACAUUGUUAAAAUCAGUGACUGGAUGCCUUCCUUCGAGCCUACUUCGAGCAUGAACAGAAGACUUCCCGUAUCAUCUCCGUCAAAACCUUCCGGAAAUGAGUAUCAGCAAGCUCAGCUGCUGGCUCCAGAAGAAUCCGAGUUUCACAUGAUUGUUGAGCUUGCUGAGCUUGGUGUUUCCAUUAUUGAUUCUGCUCCAGAGGAAAUAUUGUACAUGUCAGUGCAAAAUCUCUUUGUAGCACAUUCAACUGGCUUGGGCUCUGGGCUUAGCAGGUUCGAAGUACGGAUGCAAGGAAUACAAGUAGAUAACCAACUGCCGUUAACUCCUAUGCCAGUUCUGUUCAGGCCCCAGAGAACAGGCGAUAAAGCUGAUUAUAUUUUGAAGUUCUCUGUGACUCUGCAAUCAAAUGCUUCUCUUGAUCUCCGCGUCUAUCCCUAUAUUGGCUUCCAUGGACCUGAAAACACUGCCUUUCUGAUAAACAUUCAUGAACCUAUCAUUUGGCGCAUCCAUGAGAUGAUUCAGCAAGCCAAUUUGACAAGGUUAUCUGAUUCUCAGUCAACAGCUGUGUCAGUUGAUCCCUCCAUUCAGAUCGGAGUUCUUAACAUCUCGGAAGUUAGAUUCAAAGUAACCAUGGCUAUGUCUCCUGGUCAAAGACCAAGAGGAGUGCUUGGUUUUUGGUCAUCCCUGAUGACUGCACUUGGUAACACCGAAAAUAUGCCAGUACGCAUAAGUGAAAGAUUUCAUGAGAAGAUAUCAAUGCGCCAAAGUACGAUGAUCAACAAUGCAAUUAGGAAUAUAAAAAAGGACAUCCUUGGCCAGCCUCUUCAACUGCUUUCUGGUGUUGAUAUUCUGGGCAACGCAAGCAGUGCCCUUGGACAUAUGAGUCAAGGCAUAGCUGCGUUAUCAAUGGAUAAAAAAUUCAUUCAAAGCCGACAGAGACAGGAGAACAAAGGUGUUGAGGACUUUGGCGAUAUUAUCAGAGAAGGAGGUGGAGCAUUUGCAAAAGGGUUGUUUAGAGGAGUCACGGGCAUAUUGACAAAGCCUCUUGAAGGCGCAAAGUCUUCGGGAGUGGAAGGGUUCGUCUCGGGUGUUGGGAAAGGAAUUAUCGGUGCAGCUGCCCAACCCGUGAGUGGGGUUCUGGAUUUUCUGUCCAAAACGACUGAAGGUGCAAAUGCCAUGAGGAUGAAAAUCGCAGCUGCUAUCACCUCAGAUGAGCAGCUUCUUCGUCGGAGAUUGCCCAGAGUUAUUGGUGCUGAUAGCUUGCUCCGGCCUUAUAACGAAUACAGAGCACAGGGACAGGUUAUACUUCAGUUGGCAGAAUCUGGAUCGUUCCUCGGUCAGGUUGAUCUCUUUAAAGUACGAGGGAAGUUUGCCUUAUCAGAUGCUUAUGAAAAUCACUUCAUGCUUCCCAAAGGAAAAUUUUUGAUGAUCACACAUCGAAGAGUGAUACUACUACAACAACCCUCCAACAUAAUGGGUCAGAGAAAGUUCAUCCCGGCUAAAGACGCAUGUUCUAUAAUGUGGGAUGUGCUAUGGGAUGACCUGGUGACAAUGGAACUGACUAACGGGAAAAAGGACCAACCUCGAUCUCCUCCUUCACGCCUCAUUCUUUACUUGAAGUCGAGAGAGCAAUUCCGUGUUGUGAAAUGCAGCCCCAGCACUAAUCAGGCCUUCGAGGUUUAUACCUCCGUUGAUCAAGCCAUUAACACUUACGGCCAGAACGCUUCAAAGGGAAUGGGGAAGAACAAAGUGACAAAGCCAUACUCCCCAAUGUCUGAGAGCUCAUGGGCUGAAGGAGCUCCUCAGCAAAUGCCCGCAUUGGUCGCACCUUCUUCAACCUUUGGAACUACUACUAGCCCUUCAUCUGCUCCCAGCCCCCCCGCCACUUAGCACUAGAGACUGAAACGUUAUUGGUAAAUGACUUCUCCUAUAUUCUAUUUAGCCUUUCUUUAGUAGGCCCAUUCAGUUUUGGUAAAAAAAUAAAGUACCUUUUAUGGGCACGUAGGAUAUAAUAUAUAUAUAUAUAUAUAUAAUUAUAACUGUGUAUAUAGAUGCCUGCCCUGCAUAUCUCUUUUUGUACAUCCUUACAUACAUCAUAUAUACAUACGGUCUGCCACAUAAAUUUUUAUAUUCGUAAUUUUUCUCCUUAUUUCACGCUAUGCAUUCGUAAUCGAAUACACACCCCAUUCGUCUGUC